AUGUCGGGCCGCAGAACCGUAGGGACCACUCCGGACGGCUCGCAGGCAGGAGACACAAACAGCAGCGAGCAGAUCGACAGCAUGCGGUCUGAGAUCAGUUCGCUGAUACAGCAAAUGGGCCAGCUGGUGCAGCUGGUCGGAGGACUUGCUGCACACGACGAGUCCUCGGUGGACAAGCCCGUGAGGGAAGCGAUCGGAUGCUUGAUGUGGUUGCUGUUCACGAGACCGGACAUCGCGCUGCCUUUGAAUAAGCUGCAGAAGAUCGCCCACUCACCUACCGAGAGGAAGUGGAACGCGCUUGUGCGGAUCUUGUCCUACCUCAACGAGACGAAGGACCUCGGGAUCACCUACGUCCGCGGAUCAGGGCUAGACCUAGACGUGUUCGUCGAUUCUAGUUACGCCGACAGCACCGUUGACAGGCGUUCGACGACGGGGCUAGCCGUGACUGUAGGUGGGACCGUAGUGUGCGCAUCCACGAAGACACAGCCAGUGACGGCUCAGUCGACCACGGAGGCAGAGUAUAUUGCAGCCGGGGAGGGCGUGAAGGAAGCGUUGUUCGUGCGUGGUGUUCUGUCGUUCAUUGCGCCCGAGACGAGCGGUGCCACGAUCAGGGUCCGUGAGGACAACGAGGGGGCUCUCGCGUUGGUGCAGAACCCUUUCAGCUCGGCGAGGAGCAAGCAUAUCGACGUGCGGUUCCACUUCAUCCGCGAGCUCUUCAAGGCGGGCAAGAUCACCGCAGAUUAUGUCUCGACAGAAGAGUAG